AUGUUGCAAAUACGAAUUGUAACUUUACAUCUCCUUCUGCUUUGGUCAUCAAUGAACUUUUAUACACUAGCAUAUCCAUCGCACAACUAUGAAAUUCUAAAAGCUGAAUGCAUCGAUCGAACCCAAAGGGAUUUCAAUAAUAAUAUUGGAAAGCGAAAGGAAACGAAAAUUACAGUAAAUGGAAAGCAAUUGGGAUAUUAUGGAUUUGAAAAUUCAGCAAAUGCAGUAAUUCUUUUGGAUGUUUCGAAUACAAACGUGCAGCUACCAAAAAUGAACAUAAGCUUCACAAAUUUAAUAAUGCUGCAUGCAUCAUACAAUGGAUUAGAGAAAAUUGAUGACAUAGGAAAUGAGACUUUUCCAUCUUUAAAAUUUCUCAAUUUAUCUCACAAUGCAAUUUCGAAUGUUAAGUCACAUCUAUUUAUCCAUCUCAGCGAAAUUGAGAUUCUCGAUUUGAGUCACAAUUGCUUUGUUCAUUUUAAUUACGAUCACGUGUUUUUGAAGCAUGAGAAUUUAAAGAAAAUUUAUCUUCAUGACAAUUUAUUGCACAAGAUUCAUGGAACUGCUGGAUUAAAUAAUCACUUGCUGCACUUGGAGUUAAUGGAUUUGUCGAGGAAUUUAAUUGAAGAUUUUAAUGAUUUAAAUAUUGAAAUUAAGGAAUUAAAACUUACAAACAAUUCACUCAAAUCUUUAAAUAUUCAUCAUGCGGACGGAAUGGAAUUAUAUGCUAGACAUAAUCAAAUUACUUCGUUCAGUGCUGAUGGAAAUUUUAAAAUUUUAGACUUGUCGCAUAAUGAAUUUAAAUAUUUAUCUCAGAUUGAAGUUACUGAUGCAAAAGUUCUACAAUUAUCGUACAAUCAGAUUGAAAGACUUGCAGACAACAAUGAAAUGGUUGAAUAUAGCGAAUAUUCAGAAAGUUCAGAAGCACAAGAAGUUGAUGAUGAUGGACAGAAGUCAGAUGAGGUUGGAAUUAAUGUUGAAAUCCUUGAUUUAUCACACAAUAAGCUUGACAGUGUCAAUAACCUCAAAUACUUUAGAAAAGCUAUUAAAAUAAAUCUUGAAUCCAACAAUAUUAAAAAUGUAGAACUCGAGGAUAUCCGCAAAAAAUUCCAUAAGCUGACUUACAUAAGUUUCAUUAAUAAUCCAUUAACAGCAGUCGACAUGGAUGAAAUGAGAUUUCAUAAUGACACUAGAUUCCUUAACAUGCAUAUAGAUUUCAUAGCAACUACAACAGCCUCUCCAAGCACUCUCCUGCCGCUGCUGCUAAUUCCAACUACUCAGACACCUAAAAUUAAUAAUUUAACAACAGAAUCACAAUUAAACACUACACAGUCAACCACAACCACUUCCACAACAUGCACGGAACAUAAUAACAUAAUUAUGUUGAAAGGUGAAAAUACAGUGACUGCAAAUAAAAUUGAGUGGCACAACCGACAGGAAUAUUGGAUAUGGAUUUUUGGAAUUCUCGUAAUUGCUGGUUUUAUUGUGUCAAUAAUUUAUAACAAACAGCGAAACAAACGAAACAAAACUCAAAUGCGAUACAUGAACCGUGAAUUUAAUGAGGCUGAAAAUUUUUUCUAGAUUAAUAUUGCCUUGCCAAAUUAUUUAUUGCUUUUAAGGGAAAAUUUAUUAAUGUAACUUUUUUUUAUUCUUGUUCAUUAUUUUAUAUAAUAAUAAAUUUAUUGAAUUGCUC